AUGCUUAUGCUCUGCAUUCUUCUGCUAAGCCUCUGCGGGUUAUGCAUUGGGUAUCGUGAGAAUCCAGACACAAAUUCCUGCAAGGACUCUGGCAAGUACAUGGAUGAUACUACGCGCUACAAGAUCCUGCAAUAUCACGACGGAACUCGAACUGUGCUCGCUCUGGGAGAAUCGCCAGAUAACAACAACGGUUUCCUCCCACCUGCCAAAAAUUUGUUCAAGAUGAGAUGGAACUGUGCCCUAGAAGAGGAAGCUCGUAAGUUGACUGAAAACUGUCCUGACAAAGUCACAGGAGUACCAGAACAAGGACGGAAUUUCUAUCACGGCGCUGUAACAGAUACGAGAAAAGGAAAGUUCCAAUUCCUAAGCGAUGCGGUAGACGAGUGGCUUGCUCCAACGGACACCUAUGCUUUGGGAGCUGAUGCUACCUUCGAUGACAGCAAUUUGUACUCCUUCGCUAAU